AUGUUCCGUGCGACCCACCGAGUGCUCGCUGCCGCACAAGCCAUCAACAAGGCCGCCACGACCCACCGGACAAAGCUGAGCACCGGCAUCACGGGCCUCGCCGUCCACCCCGAUCCGCUUCACGCCCUCCGAGCGACGUACACCUCGACGCUCAAGGUCCUCGAGCAGGUCCCCGCAUCAGCAGUCUACCGGCAGUCCGCCGAGGCCAUCACCCGCGAAAGGCUCGCCGUCGUCGAGCAGGCUGGCGAGGGCAACACGGAGGAGCAGAUCGAGCAGGUCGAGAGCAAGCUGGAGGCAGGAAUCGCGGAGGAGUUGAUCCAGCAAGCCGAGGACGAGCUCAAGCUCGCGUCCAAGAUGCUCGAGUACAAGCCGUGGGAGGACCUCGAGGAGGCGCCAGCACCAGGACAGUGGGAACCUUUCCGGAUCACCCCUUCGACUACGACCGCCGACGACCUUCACCCCAAGUAG